GGGCAGCACUCAGUAGCAAGUUACGCCACGGAGUGUGUCCGUCGCAUCCUCCAUCGUAAACAAUUCCAUGUGACUAAAGAUGACAAGUGAUAGGUGAAGUGAAAGUGGCAAAAUGUUCAAGCUUUUGGGAGGUUUGAAGGACUAUCUCAAGUACCAGGAUGUCAUCGUCGACAGUGCCGUUUUUCGGAUGCACAAUUUGUUUACGACGGCGUUGCUGAUGGCCUGCAGUUUGAUCAUAACGGCCUCGCAAUAUGUAGGAAAUCCUAUACAGUGUAUCGUUGAUGGACUCCCGGGGCACGUCGUCAACACCUUCUGCUGGAUAUCCUCCACGUUUACGAUGCCUGAUGCUUUCAAACGACAGGUCGGUCGAGAAGUUGCCCAUCCUGGUGUUGCUAACGACUUCGGCGCCGAAGACGCUAAGAAAUACUACACCUACUACCAAUGGGUCUGCUUCGUCUUGUUCUUCCAGGCUUUGGCUUGCUACGUGCCCAAAGUCUUGUGGGAUGUCUUCGAAGGGGGCCUCAUGAAAACGCUGAGUAUGAGACUGAAAUUCGGGAUUUGUCACGAAGAUGAGAAAAAUGCCAAGAAGGAGGUCAUUUUUGACUACCUCCUAACACAUGUUAGAUGUCACAACCUGUACGCCCUGCGGUACUUCGCCUGCGAGUGCCUUUGCCUCAUCAACGUCGUCGUCCAACUGUACCUCAUGAACAAGUUCUUCGACGGAGAAUUCCUCUCCUACGGCUGGCGCGUCAUGAAUUUCUCCGAACAAGCGCAAGAGGACCGCAUGGACCCCAUGGUCUACGUCUUUCCCCGAGUCACCAAAUGCAUCUUCCACAAAUACGGAGCCUCCGGUUCAAUCCAAAAACACGACAGUUUGUGCAUCCUCCCCCUCAACAUUGUCAACGAAAAAACCUACAUUUUUAUCUGGUUUUGGUUCAUGAUUCUGGCUAGCAUGCUAACGGUGCUGGUUUUGUACAGAAUUGCUAUCGUGGCCUCGCCUAGGAUCAGGCCCAGGUUGCUCAACGCCAGGCAUAGGGCGAUACCUAUCGAGGUGUGUAGGUCGCUGUGUCGGAAAAUCGAGCUCGGCGAUUGGUGGGUUUUGAUGCUCCUGGGCCGGAAUAUGGAUCCCAUGAUUUACAGAGAGAUUAUAUGCGAAUUGACCAAGAGAAUAGAGACGAGACACCAGAAUUGAAGAAAUUCGAUUUUAGAACAAUACUCAGAGACUUUUAUUUAUUUUUGUCAGUUUUGGGCCGGUCGAAACUAAAUUUUUACACUUGCAGGCCUUAAAAUCGGUCAAGAUAAUUCUGUGAUUUCACCGACUGGCAAUUUCAAAUCGACGACAUAUCAGUUUUUGUAAAUUUAUACAAUUUUAUAAGAGCACAGUUUAGGUUAAGGUUAUUUUAGACGAUUUUACUUUUAUCUUUAUUAUUGUAUAAAUAAACGAAAGGAAGACAA